UCCCACAGCAGGGAAAUUCACUUGUUACAGCAGCAAGCAAGAUACGCAAGUAAAGAAUACAUAGUGACACAUGGUUCAGGUGGUGCAGGUGUUGUAGAGCCUGACAGCUGUCGGUAUGAAGGACCUGCGGAACCUCUCCUUUUUACACCGUGGGUGGAACAGUCUGCUGCUGAAGGAGCUGCUAAGGGAACCCACAGUGUCAUGUAGCGGCGAGUUUGAGCUGAUGAUCCUGGACGGAACCUGGCUGGACGUCCCCGAGUGCCAAAAUAUUACACACGCUCACUGUGACUUGACCUUCGACCUGGGUUCUGACUCGGACUACAACAUCCGCGUCCGAGCAGAGUGCGAGUCAGAGAUGUCACCGUGGACCCAGCUCAGUCCGGCUUUCAACAGGAAGGAUACUGUGCUGACGGUGCCCCACAUGGUGGUUUCUGCACCGGGCCAUGCCCUCCAGGUGACCUUUGACCAGGUCCCGCCCACAGCCUCCAUCAGUGUGAUGGUGUGGAAGCAGGGCAACGAGGCCCAGAUGGACGUCUACACUAUCUCAGCAGAGGAGAAAGUUCUACACGUGGCCGCCCUGCAGGAUGGGGAGGUGUACUGCAUCAGAGCUUGGAUGGUUUUGGAGGGGCGAAUCCAAAGCGGCAGCACCGAAAUCCACUGUGAGCCCAUAAAAGGUGCACACGCUACCUGGAAGAGUCCCACCAAUGUGGUGGUCACACUAGUUGUGAUGGCUUGUGUCCUCUUCGCUGUCGUAUGGGCUGUGGUCCACUGCCAUGUCCACGCCUACUGCCAGUGCCUCGACAAGGAGGCACUGCCACGCUCUCUGCAGAGAACAGACUGGGAUGUGGACUCUGCGUUGAGCAUGUACCCGACAGAAGUGUGUGCACAUGUGCACUUAGUGCACAGUGGCGAGCAGGACCGCUUCAAACCAUUACCACUCCAACCAGACCCUUAUUGACUUUUACCAUGAUGUGACACCAUGUAAAGAAAUUAUGCUGGACUGGACUGGUUCUUCUGGCCUUGACAUCAACCUUGACCCAUACAUUCCUGAGAUGUUGAUGGGUUCUUCCUGCAGCUCCGACACCAAGCCCAGACCAACUGGACUGAGAGGAAUUAUUCCUCAGCAGCUCCAGACCCUGAAAGAAAGACACAUGUUCUCUCUGGAUCACAUGCAGUAAAAACAUGUAAAGUUUGUUAUUUUGGGAACCAUCUCAAGGUCAACUCAAUGCGACAAAUAAACCAGAGCCAGAACCGGUAGAGCUCUGUCUGGGUCCAUAAAAGCAAUACGAGUCUUGGGUGGAGUUCAGGCAGGGAGCCAAUGUUUAUUUGUGUGGAGGAAUGUGUGUCCGACCCGAUUUAAAUGGCUGUGCAGUCAAAGUGGACUUUGAGUAGCAGAUAGCAUGGAGGACGGGUCCACUUGGACUUUAAAGUAGUGACAGCAUUUACAUGUAUUGACUUGUAACCUCUGCAAAGCCACUAGAACCUUCUCAUUUGGACCUUUUUGUCGCAAAGACAAAAAUAGACAUCACUCAAACAUAAAAAUAAAUUAACAUAAACUUUAAAAAAAAUGUUUGACCUAUUAUGAUCUUUUGUGAGCAGAACCAUAACCAUAACCACGCAAGGAAGUGGGGAAGUGGGACUAAAAAGUACAGAGUGUAACAGUCAAACCAGAUGAAACUGUGUUGGCUCUGACAGUCCAAUCACAUUUUGUGGAAGAAGUUCUAUAAAGAACCGUCUGUCUGCGUAUGUCAAGCCACUCCGGAAGGUGGGCGGAUGACACAAACAAUGCUAUGCUUUCAGGUGUAAUAGAAAGGUUCUAGUGUUGAGUGACACCCAUCUUCCUGUAUCAACAACAGAAAGUAACAGAAGUAACAGAAAGUGAUCUUGGACCUCUCAUGGAGGACAAAUAAAAACACUGGAAUGCAGCAGGAAUUUGGGCAGCUCGCUGUCAGAAUCGCAGGUCCAGUUGGAUCUUGUGUUCGAAGAUGGCGAUGAGGAGCAUAAUGCCAAAACCCAACAGGAUUCCGGCAUUCUGCAGCAGGAAGAAGCCGCAGUGGCUGAAGCCGUGAUCGCCUGCGUCAUUAUGCAACAUCUCCGGAACCUGAAGAGACAAGGGGUGGCGUCAGCAGGACACAGAAAAAGGAUCUCAAGUGUUGACAACAUCACACCACUGGGGCGCAACACUGUACAUGUCUUCUCCUCAUAGCAGCUGGCAGUGAAGGCAUGCACGUGCGUGUGCACGCGAGUGCGAAGAGGCCAGCUGGCGAUGGCAAAGAGUCACCUGCAGCUGACUGACUCACCAUGUCCACCAGCGCCACAUACAUGAAGAGUCCUGCCGUGAGGGCGAAGAUCCACAUGGAGAUGUUCUCUGCGUAGUGUCCGAUCAAGAUACCCGUCACCAUCCCAAAGUACGCCAUCAUGGCUGACAGCACAUUGUACAGGAUGGCUUGACGCACCGUCAUUCCUGCCUUCAGCAGCACCGCAAAGUCACCUGGGAGACCCAUCAAGCCAUUAAUCAAACUGGCCAUCUUCCCAUCUUUCCCUUGGCAGAGUCCUUCUGCUGACCUCCAGACC